AUGGCCGACAUCCUCAACCGCCUCCGCUCCAUGGCGGAAGCCCACGUCGCCAAUAUUGGCGAAACCUGGGCCUCGCUCGACCUCCACCGCAUCCUGCGCCUCGUCAUGAUUAUCGGCGCCUACCUCCUCCUCCGCCCCUACCUCGUCAAGAUGACGGGCGCGUCGCAGAUGGAGCAGCACGAGCGCGAGGACGCCGAGACCAAGAAGCGCGCUGCCGAAAUCUCCCCCAACCAGAUGCGCGGCGGCCUGCGCGUCGCCGCCGAGAUCCCCGACGCCGACGAGGUCGACACCUCGACCUCGGCUGAUUGGGGUAGCAAGGCCCGCAAGCGACAGCGCGAGGUGCUCAAGAAGAUGCUCGAGGUCGAGGAGACGAGGUUGUCGGAGCUGCAGGAGGACGAUGAGGACAAGGAUAUCGAGGAGUUUUUGAUCAAGGAGGAUAAAUAA